CGUGGUCACGCAUCACCGCGUCCUGCAUGUCUGACAAGGUUCACAUGUAAGGCGCAUACACGAACUGGCUUUUUAGAGUCUCCAUUCCCUCGCAAGAGCUCUAUUCCGACCCAGUUCACAGCUCGGCGCAGCGCGCGUAUGGUGACGUGAUACACCUCCGCUGCGAAUGCCUCACCUACAGUAGCCAUGGCCGUCUUGUCGAAACCUUGGUCGAAGCAGGGGCUAUCCAGCGCUUCGAUCAAGUCGCUCGUUAACGAAUUCACCUCGCUAUACCUUCAAAAUCGCACACGCAUAUCACGCGCAGUCUACAUCACACUAUUCGUGGCCCUCAUAAACCGUGUGCGCAACGCCAUCGCCGAACAGAAAGCCGCCUCGAUACGACGCGAAGCCCAACGAAAGACCGGUACAGGACCUAGCGAUGGCGAAGCGACAGGGCGAAAGAAGGUUGAAUUGAACCGCGAAUUCUUCAAGAAUCUCUUACGGUUGCUCAAAAUCUGUAUACCGGGAUGGAGGAGUAAGGAGUUCAGGCUGAUCAUCAGUCAUAGCAUCUUCCUGGUGCUUAGGACAAUGAUCAGUCUGUAUGUCGCCGAGCUCGACGGAAGGCUAGUUAGCAGUCUUGUACGAGGCAAAGGCAGCGAAUUCCUGAAAGGACUGGUAUGGUGGAUGGCUGUAGCCAUCCCAGCAACCUUCACGAACUCAAUGCUCUCCUACCAUCAGUGCAAAUUGUCACUGCAGUACCGCACGCGACUUACGAACUACGUCCACAACAAGUAUCUCUCGCAGAUGACCUUUUACACGCUUUCAGCUCUCGACGACCGAAUCAAGAACGCCGAUCAGCUCAUCACAGUAGAUGUAGCCAAGUUCGCGAACAGCCUCGCUGAGUUGUACUCGAACCUCGCGAAGCCGGUGCUUGAUAUAAUUGUGUACAACUACUCGCUAUCUCGCAGCGUGGGAGGAGAAGGUCUCUUCUUCAUGAGCUUACUCGUUCAGCUUUCUGCGAACGUUAUGCGCGCGCUCACUCCACCCUUUGGCAGAUAUGUUGCGGACGAGGCUCGCCUUGAAGGCGAGUUCAGAUUCCAGCACUCGAGACUAAUAGAUUAUAGCGAAGAAGUGGCACUGUACCAUGGCCAUGAGGCAGAGAAGGAUACACUGGACAAGGGCUACUUCACAUUGAUCAAGCACGUCAACAGGAUUCUCAGGAGACGUCUGUACCACGGUGUCAUGGAAGACUUUGUCAUCAAGUACUUCUGGGGUGCGCUUGGGCUCCUGCUCUGCAGUGUGCCCGUAUUCUUCCAAGUUCCUGGACAAAACGCAAAGAACAUGGGCGACCGGACGGAAAGCUUCGUGACAAAUCGUCGCAUGUUGCUCAUGUCGUCUGAUGCUUUUGGCCGAGUCAUGUUCUCCUACAAGGAAAUUACCGAGCUUGCUGGCUACACGUCUCGUGUGGCCACGCUACUGGACGUCAUCGACGAUAUCCAAGCUGGCCAUUUUGAGAAGAAGCUUGUGUCGUCCGCCGACACAGAAGAGAACGCGGCCGUCUUACGUGGCCGCGGUACGGUCACAGAGGGCGAAGACAUCGAGUUCGUCGACGUGCCUAUUGUGUCGCCUAAUGGAGACGUUCUCGUACGUAAAUUAUCAUUCGCGGUCAAGCCCGGGGAUCAUCUCCUCAUUGUCGGGCCAAAUGGCUGCGGCAAGUCCAGUUUGUUCCGUAUCCUGGGUGGCCUGUGGCCUGUGUAUGGUGGCACGGUGCGGAAACCACCCUUUGAGGAUAUCUUCUACAUCCCUCAACGCCCAUAUCUCUCUCGUGGAACACUACGCCAGCAGAUCAUCUAUCCUGACAACCUGCGCGAGAUGCGCGACAAGGGCAUCACAGACGACGAUCUGUUUAAUAUUCUGAGCGUGGUAGAGAUAGAAUCCAUUGUCGACCGUCCGGGUGGCUGGGAUGCCGAGCAGGAGUGGACAGACGUGUUGUCCGGCGGCCUGCAACAGCGAGUGGCAAUGGCGCGUCUGUUCUAUCACCGACCCCGGUACGCAAUUUUGGAUGAGUGUACUAGCUCCGUAACGCUGGAGAUCGAGAGGGUGAUGUAUGAUGAGGCAAAGAGACUAGGCAUCACGCUCAUGACUGUUUCGCACAGGAGAAGUUUGUGGAAGUACCAUGAAAAGAUCCUGCAGUUUGACGGGCAAGGGAAGUACGUGUUUACAAAGUUGGAUGCAGAGCGCAGACUUGAGCUUGAAGACGAGAAGGAAGACAUCGAGUUGCAGCUGCGAGCUGUUCCAGAUAUUGAGCAGAGAAUUGCGGAAUUGGAGGCUUCUAUGUAAGAAGCUAGUUGUUCAACGUUUGAUAAGCUGUAUACCUAGAAAAUACCCACAACAACUAUUGAAGAACGUGAAUGACCGAAAGAUGGUCUCCCU